AUUCCGCAGUUAUGACGACGCCAACAUUGUGGAUACUUUCUGAGAACCAUAAGAGCGCUGUUAAAUAUCCUAAAAAAUAUAUACAAGCUGACAGCAACUUAGACGAUCUUCGAAGUAGUCUUUGUCAACAUCAAAAAUUUCUCAAAGACGUUGAGCCGAGUAACAUCGAGUUCUUCUCCUAUGACAACCGCAACGAGCCUCUUAGAGAAGACAUGCUUCUUAAGGACCUGACCACAACUGAUGUUGCACCUCUUAUCAUACGCUAUCCAGUGUCAGACUCUGAUAUUGUCUUCCGCUGUAAUCUCUCUACACGAUGGUUUAGAUGCAGCUUUCCGCAUUCCUCCGGUCUUUGGUACCUUGUUCGUGCCUAUUGUCACAAAAAUUUCGAAACUCUGCAGUCAGACGUUUCAUACGAUUUCGUGUACAACGAGCAAAAGGACAAUAAGGCAAGCGGUGAGAAGCUCAUUAAGAACGAGUAUCAGUUGAAUGUGGCAGUAUUAAACAUUAAGCCAAAUGAGGAUAAUGAGCGUGUAAUCCAUCUCUCUAUUAGGAUUGAAGGCAGAAAAGCGUAUAAUGACUGGGAGUUGACAGAA